AUGGAGGCCAUCCUGCGCCUCGCGCCGACGUCGUUGCGGUCCGCGGCGCCGCUGUCCUCGCCGGCCCGUUCCUUCGCUGAGGUCUGCAACGCCUGGCUGGCUGGCGCGACGCCUUCCCUCGCGCCCUGGCCCCCUACACACGCCGGUCCGUCUCCGUUCACGCCCCCGCUGACCACGCCGCCGCCGGCUCCCGACGCGGCCGCGGGGUGCGGGACCGCCGAGCCGUGCCUGGAGCUUCUGCCAGCGUGCAUCGCCUGGGAUGUGGCUUCCUGCUCUAGGACGGAGUUGCACGCGAGCGUCGCCUGGGUCACGGGGGACGACGGAGCGAUCGCGGCGCCCGUGACGGAGCAAGCGGUGGUUGCAGCGUGUGCGGCGGAUCAGGAGGUCGCCGCCGUGCCCGCGGCGGACGACGGUGCGACCGCUACGCCCGGGGCAGAGCCCGCGAUGGUCGCCACGUCUGCGGCGGACUACGAGGUCGUCGCCGCGCCUGCGGCGGACGCCGGAGUGGCCGCUGCACCCGCGGCGAAGAACGAGGCGGUCGCCGCGCCUGUGGUGGAGUAG